AUGCCGUCGCCUACAUUAAGUGAUCUCAUUCUUGCAUAUCGGAAUGAGAAGGCUGCAAAAAGAUUACUUCCAUAUGCCUCACGCCCAGUAGAAUACUUUUUAGAUGCAAUUUCAAGGAGGAUUGAGGAAGUAAAAUCCCUAGGAAAAACGAUAACAAGGAAUAUAUAUGAGUUAGAACUAGAGAGAGUAAAAUUUUUUAUCAAGGAGUAUAUACAAGUCAGACUGAAGAAGCUAAGUACAAACUUAUAUCUAGAUAGAUCACUCUUAUCUGAAAGAGAAGUGAGUUUUUAUGAUAAGUACAUUGGCCUGCUAAAAGGAAGAGAUAUAUAUAUUGCAGAGCAAAAGUUUCCUAAAAGGAACGAGUUCGUUGGAUUUUAUUGCUGCUCCGACAUUAACGGUGUAAUGAUAGAUGGAGAGCUAUUAGAGAUGUUCAAAGGGGACUUCUUUGUUGCCCCAUUAGAUGAUGUGAUGGACCUCCUGAGGAGAAACGAAAUAAUUCUAUUUUAA